GUCAAUUGAUAAGCAACUGAAUGACGAUAACUGUAUUAAAAUGUAUUAAACUUUGAAAUGUUUGGAAAAAUUUAUAGACGACUGCUUUUAUUUGCGACAAAUAGUAGAUAUUUUUUAUGGAAUUUUUCCAACUAUUCUAACGAUAUAUAAGAUUACUUGAAAUUCAAAUUUCAAAUUCAUUUCAAUUACAGUAUUGUCUCAACAAAAGUGAGAUUUUAGACCAAACGUUAGCUCUUUAUUAUAAUAUUAGCAACACUUCAAUAACUGCAAAGGAUGGCUCACUUUAAUUAUCUGCCCAAAGAAGUGGAGGACGAACUCCGAGCUAAUGCUAACGCUAUCGUCGCCCCCGGAAAGGGUAUAUUAGCCGCCGAUGAGAGCACUGGAACAAUGGGAAAGCGAUUGCAAGGUAUUGGUGCCGAUAAUAACGAAGAGCUGCGCCGACAGUACAGACAAUUGUUGUUCAGUGUGGACCCGGAGGCCGAUGGAUAUAUCAGUGGUGUUAUUCUAUAUCACGAAACCCUUUACCAAAAGGACGAUUCGGGCACUCCUUUUGUGGAGGUCCUGAAGAAGAGAGGUAUCAUUCCUGGCAUUAAAGUUGAUACAGGAGUUGUGCCCCUUCUGGGCACCAAUGAUGAGUGCACGACACAGGGCUUGGAUGACCUCCAGAAGCGAUGCGAGCAGUACUACAAAGACGGCUGUCGUUUCGCUAAAUGGCGCUGCGUUUUGAAGAUUAAAGAUCACGAGCCCUCACCCCUCGCUAUUCUCGAAAAUGCUAAUGUUUUGGCUCGUUAUGCGUCCACUUGUCAACAGGCAAAAUUGGUGCCAAUUGUUGAGCCAGAAGUGCUUCCCGAUGGAGACCAUGAUCUCGAGAGAUGCCAAAAG